AGGUGAAAGAUCAGGCGGGGUGGCAGGAAGAUGGCGGUGCGGGCGGCAGGCGCCGGGCGAGAGACGCGGACUCUGUGAGGCGCGCGAAGCGAUGGCGCGGCGUGCGGCACGCUGCGGCUGAAGGCGGCCGUCUCGGGCCGUGCGCGGAGCGCUCCCCAUGAGCGCGGUGGGGGGCCUGGCGUGGCGCGCGCUGCACGCCCUGCUGCGCGCGUUGCUCUGUCUGCAGCGCGCGCUGCUGGCCGCGCCCCGCGCCUGGCUCCGGCGCCGCGCCGCUGCAUCCUGCGCCUUGCUGGGCCCCGCCGCGCGCGCCCUCGCCUUCCCCGGCGCGGCCCGCGGGGGCCGGCGGCCCGCUAGGAGGCGGCCCGGGGUUCGAGCCAGGGGCCGCGCGGACGGGCGGGCCCUGCAGAAGCUGCCGCUGCACGUGGGUCUGGUGGUGACCGAGGAAGAGCCGAGCUACGCGGACAUGGCCAGCCUGGUGGUGUGGUGCAUGGCGGUGGGCAUCUCCUAUGUCAGCGUCUACGACCACAACGGUAUUUUCAAGAGGAAUAAUUCAAGACUGAUGGACGAAAUUUUAAAACAGGAGCAAGAACUCUUAGGAUUAGACUGCUCCAAAUAUACAGUGGAAUUUGCUAAUCAAGACAAAGCUGAUCAAGUUUUAAAUUGCCAAUCUACAUUGAAGGUGCUGUCUCCAGAAGAUGGAAAAGCAGACAUAGUAAAAGCUGCUGAGAGCUUUUGUCAGUUGGUAGCACAACAGCAAAGAACAUAUACAGACCUGGAUGUGAAUGUGUUAGACAACUUGUUAAGUAGUACAAGUGGAUUUCCAGAUCCUGAUUUAGUCUUGAAGUUUGGUCCUGUGGACAGCACAUUAGGGUUCCUUCCCUGGCACAUCAGACUAACAGAGAUCAUUUCUUUGCCUUCCCACCAGAACAUCAGCUAUGAAGACUUUUUCUCUGCCCUCCAUCGCUAUGCAGCCUGUGAGCAACGCUGGGGAAAGUGACUUUGGGCUGAGCACACUGAGUUGUGCUUUCCAUGGAAAGGAAUUUAUGUCUGUUUACAACCACCUGUGACCCAUAAGUCUGGUUCAUAGUCCUUUCUUAAUUUAUCAACAAAUUCAAUAAAGUGUCUUACCUUUCUAAAGAGUCUGUGUGAAUGUGUGAGAAUCUGUGGGGAAGGGGAGAUCUGCAGGUUUGCUUUAUCAUAAGACAUUUAUUGCAAGCAAAGCUCUGUACACCUGAAUUGCCCUCACUUUUAUGUCCUAUGACCAGAUCAUGCAAGAACUUGUGUGAAAUCCACAGGACAGUGUAGGUUAGAAUAUUAUCCCCUUGAAGGUUCAUGUCCCUCAGCUUUAUUUCUUUCUAGUUCUUCAUGGUCAGUAUUUCAGAACCAAUCACCUGAUUUUGUAUUUACUAUGUAAUGUUUAAAUUUUAGAAGUCUGUAUUGGUUCUGUUAAUAGCUUAAUAGACUGCUACUUAGCUGUCAGGGCUAAGUCAGCAGUAGCUCUAGAAGUGUGAGAAGGUUCUAUUAAAGAAGAAUGGAAACUUCUGUGGUAAGUGGAUUAGGCACUAUGAAUCACAGAAAUAACAAGGUUGGAAAAAAAACCUACAAGAUAAUCCAGUCCAACCAUCAAUGGUAUGCUUAUUAAUGCUCAUACUAUGCCUUUUUAAAAAAAAUAAAAGUGAAAAAGCAAAAUAUUCCUACAGCUUUGAGUGAUAUUUCUAUCAUCAGGCCCAUUUUCUAUGGGAAAUAAGUGUAGACAUCUGGAAUUAUAGAAUUCUAACCUAAAGUGACAAGCUGGCUAAUGCUCUGGGAUCACCGGGGGGGGGGGGGGGGAGAAAUCUGAAAACAUGCUAGGUCAACUUCUGCAGCUGCUGCCACUUGCUUGUUGAGUCUGUGUGCCCAGCAGAGGAGUGCUUAAGCCUUCUGUUAGGUUUAUUUUGAGCUGAGAGUUAGAAGCUUGAAUGGUGUUUCACAACAAAUGAGAAGUUCAAAUAAAGCUGCACUUACAAGCAAGCACCUCAAAUCUGAGAACAUAGCUAGAAACACUAGCUAAGGAGUCUUCAUAGUGGAAUGUCUUAUUCUAGUUAUACUGCGUACUGAAAGUGCUUGGAAGUUAACUCAUUGUAGCAGUAUUUGGAUGAAUCAGUAUCUUCAGAGCUGUGUUAUUUGGAUGUAAACAUGAGUGUUUCAACCUUCUGGCCAGCAUGCUAAGAACUGCUAAAUGCUUUGUUCUGGAAGUUUUUUUUCCCUUUACCUCUCCCCUUUUGGAAAUGAGCCUGUAUUUAUUUUCUUCAGGAUCUAUCUGUCAUCAGAAGGAAAAAUUUCCUGGGGGAAUUGCAAGACUUUAAAGUACACAGUUUUACAAAGAAGGAAACCUAAUUGUUGUAAUAAUGUUGUAAGAGUCUGCAUAAGCUUAGCUGUAGGCUUUGGUUUGUUUCUGUCAUGCUAAGAUUAGAUUUCAGUUAUAAGAGAUGGCUGUGGUCAAUUUUAUUUCAUGAAAGAAAAACAUGUUUAAUCAGCUAACAUUCUUAACAUGAAGUGACAUCCCAUUAGAGCUAGAAGAUAGCUGGCUGCCCUUUACAGUUUGGUUUCUGAUGUUUGCCUGUUGUUAUAUUGCAGAGAAGAUGCAAUGUUUCCUGGGUUUUGCCUUUGCCACAGGAGUGGAUUCUCACCAAGAGUUAGGCUUAACUUCUAUUUGGUGAAUGGGUAGCAUGCUGGAGUGGAAUCCUGAAUAUUGAAGGUUAACUGCAUUAUGGAUUUGACUUUACCAAUAUGAAAGGUUGUGUGUAAAUUACCGUGUAUGCAUGCUGGUAUGUCACUAAAGCAGUUCUGGUGCUGGCAGUAGAGGGAGAAAUGAGAAAAGUUUAUUUCUCAAAAGCAAUCUAUUUUUUUGUGUGUGUGUUCAGCUGCCAAAGAAUACUUAUUUUAUGUGAGCUGCUCUUGGUCCUCUGAUUCCUGCAUAUCUCUACUAACAAACCUUGUUUUCAUUGUAGGUUGAUCUCAAAGUCUAGAACUUUUCUAUGGAGGGAUGUCUAAUGAAACUAAAAUGAUUAGUUCAGCUGCAUUUGAUUCAGCUUAAUCAAAUCUCUUCUGAUGGCUAGUUUAAUUGUAAAUGUCUAUCCCAAAAUUAAUGGAGUUGAACUAAUCCAUGUUGGGAUUAUUUUUACUGUCCCUGUGUGGGCGAUCCUCAGUGAGCUGUGCCAAACGCACUGUGUAUCCACCACUUGGUCUCUGAAUGUAAGUUGCUGCAGUUAGCACCUCCCCAGCUUGCUCUGUGCGAUCUGUGGUAUAGCUGUGAUGUUCUGUAUGGCUGUAGUCUCUGGGUACCUGUACAUAGUGUGUAAAACAAAUUUUAUGAUAAGGGAAUCAUUUUAUUGAAUUUUAUUAUUGGAAGUUAAAUCUGAAUCUGUAAAACAAGAAAUCAAUAAAAGACUAUAAUCUUUCUA